UCUGCUCACCGGGACCUCAGCGUCUCUUCUUGGAAGUCUUGGCAACGACCAGAAUAAUGUUGUGAACAAACUGAAACCUGCUGUUGAGAAAGGACUUGAGACCGUUGACAAUACACUUGGAUCUGUCGUUCAGAAACUGACCGCCGACUUGGGGAAGCUUCAGGAAUCCAAGGGUUGGCUCCUGGCCAAGGAGAAGGUACAGGAAAUGAAGAACUUGGUGAACAAUGUUCUUUCUAAGAUCUCUCCAGCUAAGGAUGAGACUUUGGGGUUGAACAUCAUUAACUCCCGCAUCCUGAAAAUCAAAGUUGAACUGACUCCUGAUGGCGAAGGCGUUAACAUAAGGGUCCCCAUCGUCGCUAAUGUCACCCUGGCCCUGCCUGUCAUUGGCCAGGUGGUCGACCUGAAGGCCUCUUUGGACCUCUUGACUGAUGUCAGAGUUGCAGUCGAUGCCCAGACUGGCGCCCUCAGAGUGAUCAUAGGAAAAUGCAGCAGUGACCCAGACAGCAUCUCACGCACCGUGCUGGACAGAUCGAUGCCCAGUGUCCCUUGUAGCAUCUCCAUCUGGGAAGGUGCAGCCACGCCCCAAGCAGAGCGAUAG